UCCUUUGCUUUGCUAAUUUUCAUUUCCAUAGUUCAGGACUGAAGACUCGCUCGUUUCCCUACUCAGACCAUUUCCGGCUAUAUUGUGAUUAAAGAAGAAGAGAGAAUAAGGGACAAGCAAACUCUUUUCUGGUUCUGGAGGAGGAGCAGGUUACAUCCACAAGUUGAUUAGAGAAAUCAGACCAAAGUGCAGAAUCAAACACUUGGUCCCGGUAUUACCUUCAUUUAUAAAUGCUCCAGGCAGCAACAGCAGCAACUUCUUUAUGGAAUCCAUCUCAGAGGGGUGCUUUUCCCGGAAUUACAGAGUUCAAGAGGUCUCAAGUCCCCAGCUUAGGUUCAUAUCCUCUUAAUUUGAAGUUUGAGCACAAAUGGCUUCUGAAAGGUAGGCCAUUAAUUGCAGGAACCUUCCUUUGUGCCCAUCAUAGGCCCAGAGAAGAUCCAAAGGACAGGAAGCAUGGGGUACCCCAAAACGUGGAUCUUCCACCUGUUCUUCCUAAGAAUAAGAAGAAACCUUAUCCCAUUCCUUUUAAGAAGAUCUUGCAGGCUGCAAGAAAGCGGAAGAAACUUGCUGAGCAGGGCAUAGAGAUGCCGCUUGAGCCUCCAAAAAAUGGAUUGCUUGUUCCUGAUCUGAUUCCUGUGGCAUAUGAGGUGCUAGAUGCCUGGAAGAUUUUGAUUAAGGGACUUGCUCAGCUCCUGCAUGUGAUUCCUGUAUAUGGUUGCAGUGAGUGCUCUGGAGUUCAUGUGGCCCAGACUGGUCACCGCAUUCAGGACUGCCAGGGCUCAACAAGUGCCAAGCGUAGAAGUUUCCAUUCUUGGGUUAAGGGUUCCAUCAAUGAUGUGCUAAUCCCCAUCGAGUCAUACCACCUCUAUGACCCUUUUGGCAGGCGCAUCAUGCAUGAGACACGGUUCGACUAUGACAGGAUUCCAGCUGUCAUAGAGCUUUGUCUUCAAGCUGGUGUUGACAUACCAGAGUAUCCUUCACGCCGAAGAACCAAACCGAUCAGAAUGAUUGGAAAGAAAAUUAUUGAUCGAGGUGGCUAUGUCGAGGAGCCUAAGCCAUGGCGUUCAGUGGAUUUCUCUUCAUCGUCACUUGUUGAUCUUGAAACAUGUGGGGCUUCUAUGCGACAUCCACCUCCUCCAUUGGAAGAUGUACCUAGGAUUGCACAGGAGACAAUGAAUGCAUACGAGAUUGUUAGGUCAGGUGUGACAAAGUUGAUGAAGAAAUAUACUGUUAAAGCUUGUGGAUAUUGUUCUGAGGUUCAUGUUGGGCCAUGGGGUCACAAUGCUAAGCUUUGUGGGGAAUUCAAGCACCAGUGGAGGGAUGGGAAGCAUGGUUGGCAGGAUGCUACCAUAGAUGAAGUUUUCCCCCCAAAUUAUGUCUGGCAUGUUCGAGAUCCAAAGGGACCUCCAUUGAGAAGUGCACUAAAGAGGUAUUACGGCAAGGCUCCAGCUGUGGUUGAACUGUGCAUACAAGCUGGAGCAAAAAUCCCUGAGAAAUACAAGCCUAUGAUGAGGCUUGACAUCAUAGUCCCUGAAAGUGAAGAGGCAAGUCUCGUAGCGUAGACUUAUUCCCUGAAGGUAAGAGCUGCCCAUUUUUAUGCUGGAUUUUUUGAGCCAUCAGUUGUUGCAAGCCAAACCGCCAAAAGACUUGUUUGGUGGGUGGACACCAAACAAGGUUUUCUUUUAAAGUCUGUUAACCUUGUUGCAAAAAUGAAACCAAGAUUGUCUGUACCUUUUUUUUUUUGGUAAUAAGAUUGUCUGUACUUGGAACAAGAAAAUCAACUUAUUACA